CGAAAUCCCUCUCGCUCUCCAAAUACACUGUCCCCGUUCAAAUAUUCGCACAAAUCUUGCCCUACCAACGUCGAAUAACACAGUGACAAGACUGACGUACUCCAUCGAGCUGUCCGCCCCGUCGGGCAUGCUCCACGACCCAGGCCUCGACCGCUGCCAACACAUUCAAGCCUGACAGCGGGACAGAGAAGCUGUUGUUAUAUCUGGCACGACGUCACGAAUCUGCGUAUCUUCACUUUUGAGUUUGUUUUCACCCUUGCGAUACCCUUUUAUCCAUUUUCGACAUUCAUUUGGUCGCGGACUCGAGUCCGUAGUAGCUCCUACCUCGACCCUUACCUACACAUUCCUAAUCGAACUCGGGACGGCCCCCCGCAAUGUCGCAUAAUCUCUCGCCGCCUGGGAGUAGUGUCUACUCGUCCGACACCAUGUAUGUGGGUGACGGCACUUGGGACUCGCAGAGGAACACCUUUUUGCUGCCGAACUUACAAGGUUUCAAUCUUGCGACAACUCAAUAUAAUGGCAUGGGCAAUCGAUUUCGAAAUAUGGUCGGCUACCGCAGCGUCAUCAAAGGCCACGGCAUUGUAGCCGCAAUAACUUUCCUCGUGGUCGUGCCCGCCGCCAUUCUGAUAGCCGGCUUCUAUCACCGGAACCCGCGCAUGGCAUUGCGAAUUCAUAUUUGGCUUCAGAUCUUGACAGUCCUAUUAUCGACGGCCGUCUUCAUUCUCGGUUUCCAAGCAGUAGGCUCUAAGAGAUCCCUGACAAAUCCUCACCACGGCAUUGGAGUUGCUCUUUAUACUAUGAUUUUGGUGCAAGCAUUUGGAGGGUGUGUAAUACACCGGAGAGAAAAGGGCAAGGAACGAUUUAGGAUGCCUCUCAAAUUGAUGCUUCAUCAAUGGUUUGGAAGAGCAAUUGCGCUUCUUGGUGUCAUACAAGUAGCCCUUGGGUUAACUUUGUAUGGUUCACCAAAAGUGCUUUUCAUCUUGUACGCUCUCUGGGGUUUUGCCAUUCUAGUUUUCUACUUCAUUUUGACAUAUAUCAAUCAACCCGACAUAGGCUUCGAUGACCGCGGGACUUACAUCACUGAACGCACGGGAAGCAGCCGAAGAAGCCAUAGAGGUCACGGCCUGGGAGCCCUUGCAGCAGCCGGAGCAGCCGGAGCAGGUUUAGCCGCAUUAAGACGACGUUCUCGAAGCAGGAGUCGUAGACGGCACAAUGGAAGUAGACAAGAAGUCAUCAGUUCUCGACAUAGCUCUCAUCAUUCCGACUCGUAUGUCGACGACGAAAAGUAUACUGAUGACGGCCGAAGAGGACGCUCUUGGAAAGACCGGCUCUUUGGCGCUGCGGCUGCGGCUGGUGGCAUUAUGGCCGUCAGGUCCAUUUUCAACCGCAAGAAGCACACCCCAACCGAGUCGGGGAGUGAUGUCAGCUAUACACGGCCAAUUGGACCUUCAGAGGUCACCCAGACAGAUCUUAGCCGACUAGAAGAAGGGAGAGCCCCUGCGUCACCAGCGAAUGAUCGGUGGCGCCGAGUCGAGGAGAGAGAAGCAGCUCAAGCAGCAGCCGUAGCUGGUACUCCUCUGCGCCAUGGCCAAAGUGCAAGACGAAGUGGUGACUCAAUUGAUUCGUUCGACAGCCGGACGAGCUUCAGCGAUGAGCACGCGACACGGCACAAAGAGUCGCAUGGCGUCCGGAAUGGAAUAGCGGCGUUAGGUGUCGCCGGUUUCCUCAAGCACCAAUGGAGCAAGCGAAGAAACCGCAAAGAAGAUGCCCAUGUGGAGGCGAUACGGACACAAGAUAUCGAAGAGGAGCGGAUGGCUCGUGCGAACAGCCAGCGACGGAAGUACACUGGAGACGGAAUGGCGCCGCCAAGGAGAAAUCGACCUCCAUCGACCAUCCUUUCGGAGGAUGAGAUUUCGGGCACCACGCCAGCCUUGUCUCGGCACAACAUUCCUCCACCGCCGAGAAGCACAACAAACGUCACGAACGUGGAAACCACUACGGCAGGACCAUCUACUAUCCCCAUGCCGCCGGCACCGCCGGAUCCUCAUGGAAUUCUGCAUGACUCAACCUCAGAUAUAGGUCACGUCCGUCGACACCGUGCGGGAGCCUCCGCAGCCCUUGCUGGUGGAGUGGCAGCGGCCGCAGCAUCUGCUGGCUCACCGUCAAGGAGGGAUACCAGUCGACAACGUAGCAGUCGUGAGGGCAGUGUUGCAUCACCCCCAGUGUCUGUCAAAGUUAAGAUGCACAAUGAUGGCCGGCACGUAACACUUCGCAGGCUCAAUGAGGAAGAGGCAGCGGCCGAGCGUGAGGCAAGGAGAAGAGAUCGCCAACGAAGGAAUAGAAAUGGCAGCGUCAGCUCGCUCAGCAAUCUCGACAACGAGCGCUGGCGGAGGGCGGAAGCGAUGGAGGCUGCUCAAGCGCAACAGGGGCCAUCGUCAUCUGCAGCACCAAUUCCAAUGCCUGAGCCAACAAUACCUGGUCCACCCCCAGGUCCGCCACCUGUUCCUGCUCAACAUAUCCCACUACCUCCGCCUCCCCCAAUUCCCGCCGCGGCUGGAAGUGGACUGGCUAGCCCACCCAGCACCAAUAUGUAUGGAACGGAAACUGACGUGAGCAACUAUGAUUCUAAUAGGAGACGACGGAGGGCUGAGAGGGCUCAAGCAAAGCAGGCACGGAUGGGUGGUAGUCGAGUAGAGUUUUCAUGAUAGCUGUGAAGAUAGGGGCAGGUUGGCAUUUCCCGGGGUUUCAAGGUAUGAUGAUGAUUACGCAUUUCUCUCGGAUGACAGGGCUGGUAAGUACUUGGUGGCAAGGACACGGCGUUAGAGGCGAGUUCAAUGGCGAACGGGGAUCCUCAGCUGUCAUUGUAUGAAUACUGUUGAGUUAGGUGCUCAUAUUGCUUUAUAUACAUUCUGGUG